UGUUCAUUUCUUUCUCUAUAUUUUCACACCCUCCUUUCAUAACUAAAAGCUUUCUGUUAUUCACUCUCUCUCUCCCAUGAAAAAUCUUUUCUACUCAGAAACUGUAACAAUGAAAGCCACAAAGAACAACAGCAUUUUCAUUUUCUUUCUCGUCUUCUCCUUAUUCCUCUUUGGAGUCUUCAUGCACAACGAGGAACAGUUCUCAUUCCCAAGGAUCAAAUUCAAAACUCAAGAAAUCCAAGAAGACAAAACUGAAGAUAUCAAGAAACUAGACAAUGAUGCAACGAUAAAAAGUUCAAAGAACUCCGAGAAAAUCCAAGAACCGGUUGAUUUGAUCUCCGUUGUGUUAAAGAAGAAAAACGAGAAUCAGAAGAUUGCAUUGCCUCUAGAAGAUUGUGACUUCUUUACAGGAAAAUGGGUUUUCGAUAACGUGAAACAUCCUUUAUACAGCGAAGAACAAUGUGGGUUUCUUACUGCACAAGUUACCUGCUUGAAGAACGGAAGACGCGAUUCGCUGUAUCAAAAUUGGAGAUGGAAGCCAAGAGAUUGUUCUUUACCAAAGUUCGAACCAAGAGUUUUGCUUGAGAAACUUAGAGGGAAGAGGCUUAUGUUUGUUGGAGACUCGUUGAAUCGAAACCAAUGGGAAUCAAUGAUUUGUUUGGUUCAAUCUGUUAUUCCUCAAGGCAAAAAAAGAUUGAACUUAUAUGGUGCUCUUUCUGUCUUCACAAUUGAGGAUUACAAUGCAACAGUGGAAUUCUACUGGUCACCAUUCCUAGUAGAGUCGAAUUCAGAUGAUCCAGCGUCGCACGCUAUAUUCGACCGUAUUAUCAUGCCUGAAUCGAUUGAAAAACAUGGCGUGCAUUGGAAGAAUGUGGACUACCUUAUUUUUAACACCUACAUAUGGUGGAUGAAUACCGGCACCAUGAAAGUCCUGCGAGGAUCGUUCGAUGAAGGAGCCACCGAGUACGAUGAAGUUCCUCGAACAAAAGCAUAUAAGAGAGUCCUUAAGACAUGGUCAAGCUAUGUAGAUAACAACAUUGAUCCAAAUCGCACCAAAGUUUUCUUCAACAGCAUGUCCCCUCUUCACAUCAAGAGUGAAGAUUGGAACAAUCCUAAUGGAAUAAAAUGCGCGAAGGAAACUACGCCUAUACUCAACAUGUCCACUCCAUUACAAGUUGGAACUGAUCAUCGUCUUUUCGUCAUUGCCAGAAACGUGGCAAAAUCAACAAAGGUGAAAGUGAAUUUCCUAAACAUUACUACCUUGUCUGAGUUCAGAAAAGAUGCACAUACAUCAGUUUACACCAUACGUCAAGGAAAAUUGUUGACUCGAGAAGAACAAGCUGAUCCGGCUACUUAUGCAGAUUGUAUUCAUUGGUGUUUACCAGGAUUACCUGAUACAUGGAAUGAGUUGCUUUAUGCGCGUAUUAUUUCUAUUUCUUGACCAACAAGCAAUGAUGUAUAGAUAUAUCCUUGACACUUUUUUUUGUUACUUAAGUUUUCCCUUUAUUAUCUUAGCUUCUGUUAGUUUUGUCUGUGUGAUACUUGUAAUUUUUUUCUUUGGAGUUUUGUUUUAGCUUUCUAUUCUUGCUAGUUGAACUUGUAAGC